GUUUAUGUUUAUGUAAGUAUGUAAUCAAUUCAAGUCCUUUCAAGCGCCUUGUUAUGGUGCAAACCCGGCUUGCUUGGCACCUUUCUCCGGCCCACGUCCAGAUUAUGUGCACCCGUUGGGUUUGAAUGCAGCCAUGACAAAGGCGCCAGAUGGCUCUCGGUCUGAUAUGGGUGUUUUUUUCAGCACUGGGGCGGCACUCACUUAUUGUCAGGGACCCCAGGCUGGACGUAUCACAGCAUGUUCUUCGACGACGGUAUAACCCCCUCCUGCCUUUAGGGUAUCUGCUACAUUUCACCUGGAAGGCCGAUGAACCCUUUCUAAUCGGCAAUAACUCAUUACAAAGACUCGCCAAGUGCCAAAGAGGUUGCCAGGGCACAUAAUACUAUAGCCAUGGACUAUGUGGGCGUGAGCACGGACAGGAACCUUUGGAAAUUACCCACCCCACGCGGGAGAGCAGU